GCAACACAUUAUUGGCAACCAUGUUUAAGCAAGUUGAAAACAAAGUUACCAAUAAACUAUUACACGUUGAAUGAGGUAAAUAAAUGAUCUAUAUAAAGGACCUAACUUGCUUACAUUAGAGCAUAACAAAAACCCACUACCUCAGUGAGGUUGAGAAUUCAAAGAGAAACAACACAAUGAGGUCUCUAAUGGCCUCUACCACUUUCACUCUUCUAGUAGCCUUAGUUUCUCUUACACUACCAUCUCAAAUUUCAGCAAAUAGUUAUUUGUAUUCUUCACCCCCACCUCCUAAGGUGUACCCCCCAGUUUCACCACCACCAAAGGUGUACCCACCGGUGUACUCACCACCACCUAAAGUGUAUCCUCCAGUAUCACCACCGCCUAAGGUGUACCCUCCAGUUUCACCACCUUAUCAUUACUCUUCACCACCACCACCGGUGUACUCACCACCUAAAAAGCCAUACCAUUACUCUUCACCACCACCACCGGUGUACUCACCUCCUCCUCCUUAUCAUUAUAGUUCACCACCACCGCCACCAAAGAAACCAUACAAGUAUUCUUCUCCUCCACCACCGGAGCAUCAUGUCUCACCUAAACCUUACUACCACUCUCCACCACCACCAAAGAAACCAUAUUACUACCAUUCUCCACCACCACCAGUGUACUCACCUCCUCCUCCAUACCAUUAUAGUUCACCACCACCGCCACCAAAGAAGCCAUACUACUACCAUUCUCCACCACCACCAGUGUACUCACCUCCUCCUCCCUACCAUUAUAGUUCACCACCACCGCCACCAAAGAAGCCAUACUACUACCAUUCUCCUCCACCACCGGUGUACUCACCUCCUCCUUACCAUUACAGUUCACCACCACCACCACCAAAGAAACCAUACAAGUAUUCUUCCCCUCCUCCACCGGUGCAUCAUUACUCACCUAAACCCUACUACCACUCUCCACCACCAAAGAAACCAUACAAGUAUUCUUCCCCUCCUCCACCGGUGCAUCAUUACUCACCUAAACCCUACUACCACUCUCCACCACCAAAGAAACCAUACAAGUAUUCUUCUCCUCCUCCACCAGUGCAUCAUUACUCACCUAAACCCUACUACCACUCUCCACCACCACCAAAGAAGCCAUACAAGUAUUCUUCUCCUCCUCCACCGGUUCAUCAUUACUCACCUAAACCCUACUACCACUCUCCACCACCACCAAAGAAACCAUACUAUUACCAUUCUCCACCACCACCAGUGUACUCACCUCCUCCUCCAUACCACUACAGUUCACCACCACCACCACCAAAGAAACCAUACAAAUAUUCCUCUCCUCCACCACCAGUGCACCAUGUCUACCCUAAACCCUACUACCAUUCUCCACCACCACCAUACAAAUAUUCCUCUCCACCACCUCCAUCUCACCCUUACCCACACCCCCACCCACACCCACACCCCCACCCACAUCCUUAUCCACACCCCCACCCAGUCUACCAUUCACCCCCUCCCCCAACCAAGAAGCCAUACUACUACCAUUCUCCACCACCUCCAACCCCCCACCACUAUCCACACCCCCACCCUCAACCACAUCCUCACCCCCACCCACAUCCUUAUCCACACCCCCACCCAGUCUACCACUCGCCUCCUCCACCAACCAAGAAACCAUAUUACUAUCAUUCUCCACCACCUCCAAGUCCAACCCACCACCACCACUAUCCACACCCCCACCCAGUUUACCAUUCACCUCCCCCACCACAUAAAAAGCCAUACAAAUAUGCAUCUCCACCACCACCAACCUCCCACGUUCACCCUUACCCAAUCUACCACUCACCACCACCACCGAAGAAACCAUACAAGUACUCAUCUCCACCACCACCAGUCCACGUUUACCCACACCCAGUUUACCACUCCCCACCUCCUCCACAUAAAAAACCUACAUACAAAUACUCUUCACCUCCUCCACCAGUUCACACUUAUCCUCCACACAUUCCAAGUCCAGUUUACCACCAUUCUCCUCCACCAACUCCACACAACAAGCCUUAUAUCUAUUCUUCACCUCCACCUCCUUACCACUCUUAGAUAGUGGUUCACCAUAGCUCUCUCUAUAUAUAUGAAUGAGAAGAAUAUUUUGAGAAAUAAAGAAAGCGAUGGAAAAGGAUGAAGCUAGCUCUCUUGAUAAUAAUACAA